AUGGCUUCCAAGUUUACUCGAGAGUACAAGCUCGUCGUGGUCGGCGGCGGCGGUGUCGGCAAGUCCUGCCUCACAAUCCAGCUUAUUCAAUCGCACUUCGUCGACGAAUAUGAUCCAACUAUUGAGGAUUCGUAUCGCAAGCAGUGCAUCGUUGAUGAUGAAGUCGCGCUGCUCGAUGUCCUCGAUACCGCCGGCCAGGAGGAGUACUCUGCGAUGAGAGAGCAGUACAUGCGUACCGGCGAAGGGUUCCUGCUCGUGUAUUCCAUCACAUCCCGCGAAAGCUUCGAAGAGAUAAGAACCUUCCAGCAGCAGAUCCUUCGCGUAAAGGACAAGGACAUCUUUCCCAUGGUUGUGGUAGGAAACAAGGUCGAUUUGGCUAGUGAGCGCAAGGUGCCGCAAGAGGAGGGCGAGGCUCUUGCUCGCGAGUUCCGUUGCAAGUUCCUCGAGACUUCAGCAAAGACCAACACAAACGUCGAGCAAGCUUUCUACGAGGUUGUUCGCGCCAUCAGACGGUACAACCGUGAGAUGCAAGGAGGCACAGCUUCGGGCAGCGGCCUCUCCCACAACAGCCAAGGCAUGGGCAAGAUUGAUGUCGGUGAGGAUGACGCCCAGGCGGGCUGCUGCGCCAAGUGCAUCCUCAUGUAA